GAGGUGGAGAAGGUGGGGCCGUUGGAUUUUAUUUAGUCUACUGCAUCUAGCUAGGGUUUUAGAAUCCUAAACUACAGAGCGGCAGGUCAGUCCUCGAAUGUUGUGGCGGGAGAGCUGAGCGCAUCCCCUUCCUUUCCAUUCCCAGUCCCAGAAACAUCGCGCCGUCAAACUGGAGAGAGAAAGGGAGUGGCAAAGGGGAUCUCUGGGCCCACACACGUCCCCCCAGGCGGCCAUGUACAGGAGCAGCUACCUGCGCGAAGUUCGCAAGGAGAAGUAUGAGAGGUCGGAUGCUUUCGAAGAGCUGCCCCAGUCACCCGAGUUUGGCAGCUUCGCCCAAGCUCAGGGCCUGGAGAACCUGCAAGAGCUCAACGAGCGCUUUGCCAACUACAUCAACCGGGCCCGGGUCCUCGAACAGCGCAACGCCAUCUUCCGUAAGCAGCUUGAGACCUUUCAGCGCAUGGAUGAGCUGGCCGGGCUGGAAGAGGCUUUCGCAGCUCAGAUCGACCUGAACCGCCAGCGGGUUCGCGAACUGGCCUCUGACAGAGCUAAGUUGGAGCGGGAGGAGAAAGAUGCUCAGCGCAUGCUGGAUGAGUUCCGUAACAAAUAUAAAAAUGAAUGUGAGUAUCAGCAGAUGUUGAAAACUACUCUUGAACGACUUAAUAAGGAAGCUGAUGAAGCUUUGCUGUGUAAUCUGGAACUACAGAUUGAAUCACAGUUCUUGCAGGAUGAUGUUAAUGCUGCAAAGGACAGAUACAAAAAGAACCUCAUGGAAAUACAGACCUACGUCAGUAUUUUACAGCAAAUCAUGCAAACGACUCCUCGCGUAUCCACCAUCGCAGCCGGAGCCAGCGAGGAGAAGCUGAUAACUGAGAGGAGGAUACCGAUUCUUCAAAGCCAGUUAGAAGAAUACAAGAGCAUCCUAUGUCAACUCCAGGCUCAGAAAACUAAACUGCAGACUGAGACAACAAUGCUGGAACAGGCUAUUAAAAACACCCAGGAAAGCUAUGACGAUGAGAUUCAGUUGUACAACGAGCAGAUUGACACUCUGAGAAAGGGCAUCGAAGAUGCUGAGAGGACCUUGGAAAAAUACACCAACGACUGCCGCCAGCUCUCCAUUUAUAAGCAGUCUCUGGAGAGUGAACUUGAGCGCUACAAACGCAUUAUUGAAAAUGAAGAAAGCAGGUUGAAUUCUGCCAUUGUUGGAACCCCCGUGACACUAUUUACACAAAGCUACAAAACCACACAGACCACAGCUCUUGGAAGGAAAGACAUUACGUUGGUUGCUCAAGACAUCACCAGUGCAAAGACCAGACAAAGAAGUCUGCCGAAGAAGAUCUCAAGGAGGAAGGAGAUCACCGCUAAAGACCUCGCCAAUGGUGCUCCAUCGGAAAAAAUGUAUGACCGGCCUUUGGAAGGCCUUGAUCACGAUCAGCUGGAUUUCAAGCACGAGGGAUUAAUGAUCACAAGUGAACACAGGCAGGAUGAAGUUGAAGAUGUGGAGCAAGAGAGGGCUGCAGAGGAUGUGCCUGAUGGAGCACAGAUAAGCAAAGCUUUUGAUAAACUUUGCAACAUAGUGAGAGAGAGGAUCAGAUGCUACCAGAGACCGGAACCCAAAAGCGACUUCUAUACUAAAGGGCGGUAUGUACUUGUCACCGGAGAGGGGAGUUAUGAUGACCCCUGCUUCUACUCUUCACCCAUCCCUUCUGGAGGUGGAAUCACUGUCUCUGACAGUGAAGGCACGAUGCCCAGUGGAGGUGUUGUAGAACCAAUAUCAGAGCUACCAGAACCUCUUGAGAGCGACAAAGGUGAACUCGAAGCCCAAGAAACACAAGAGGGGCCCAAGAUGCCGGAAGACCUGAAAUAUGAGUAUAAACCAGAAGAAGACAAAGUGAAGGAAGAUGUCUUUGAACAGUGGGGGAAGCCUGAAGGGAAACACGAAGAGCCAGCAAAACAGCUGGGGAUCGAGGAACAUGGGCCAAUGACCCCAAUGGGUCCGAGUGACCGAACUGAAGCAGGCGUAUACAUAGGCAAGGAGUAUGGCAGGGCAGGUGGCCUCUCUUUCAAGGAGCUGAGCCCACCAAGCACCGUGAGUUACGAGAAAGUGGAAGUGGUGGAAUCCAUUGAGAAAUUCUCGGACGACAAAAUUCAGACGUACGAAGAAACCGCCAUGAUUGUGGAGACCAUGAUUGAGAAGACCAACAAGAAGAAGCAGGGAGACAAAAGCUCUUAAUGAGAUCUCCAAAGCAGCCAGUUUAUCCAGCUGUCAGACAUUAAUGGGGUGUGCUCCUCAUGGCUUCUUGCUCCAUAAAGUUAUCACUAAUAAGGUCAAUGGAACUAUUCCAGAGUGAGUGGGUUUGAGGACUGUAGCCUAAAGGCUAUAUUUUGCUUGAGUUCUUCCCAACCCCUUUCCAUCUUUGGAUGGAACGAUAAAAAUAGUGGGUUUUGUUGCUUGGAAUGAAGCUGGCUUGUCCGUUAACAGCAAAAUAUUGAAUUACAUUGUUACACUUCUGAGAUCUUAAACCUGAUUCAUGAAUUACUUGCUCUGGUGCAUUCUGCUUAGAACAGACCCAAUUAUUAGCCAUGGUGAUGAAACAUGUACACUGCCAGUUGCACAAUGACUUCUCAUGCUAACCCUCAACAACAAGAAUGGCUCUAACCACAGGAGAAGACAGCCACACCACAGAAUGCAAGGUGUGAACCCCAAACAACCGGGUCUAUUUAACUACCACCGCCACCCAGGUCCUAAACAGUCAUUUUGAAUUUAGGUCUAGUACUUUUAAUUUCAAGCCAAGUUGCCCCCAAUUCAGUAAGGGAGAACUAACUGUAUCAAGAUGGUUAUAAUCAAAAUGUAUAAUCAAGGUGUCCACCUAGACUCCAGUGAAGUGGAUAAAUGCAAGGGAUGCAGUGAGGCAAGCACAGCCUCUUCUAUGGAUGCCACCAGACUUCUGCAACUGAUCUGCACUGGGGCCAGUGUCCUCGGUGUCAUGGCAUCUGUGUGAUUGUGUCAAAUGUCAUUAUUGGAAUCAAUUAACUUCCCUACUGAAGUGUUUCUUGCGCCAUACUGAUAUCUGUCUUUCUAAUUAUAUGGUACUCCAGCUACGUAUGGUAGAUGGGGACAUGUAGCUGAGUUUCAUUUAAUAAAUAUUUUGCCUUCCAUAGACAGUGUUUUUCAGAGGAUGGGUGUUGACAUUUAACCACAAAAGGCAGAUUUGGGGGGUUGGGGUUGGGUUUCAUUGAAACUUAUUAAAGCCACAACUAGGCUUCAAACAGACUUUGUAAACGUUGUUAAGAGACACCUAAAAUGUAAUCACUGGAUGUGGAUAGAGAUGUAAUACAUUCAGAGGAAGGGGACCAGGCUCCUCUUUUUUCUAGGAGAGGGGCACUAAAAUAUUUUCAGCUUUAAAUAGAUUUGGGUGUGUGUGUGUGUCAUACAAACGAGACUGACUUGUAUGUACAUCAAAAUAGACUCAGAUAGACUCACAGCCCUGGUCCAGAGGUGUUCUCACACAAUAUUGACAAUGAUGUCCUCUCACUGAGCAGAGAAUUGAUGCUAUGAGCUGUGAAGGGAGAAGGGAACUUGGAUUCACUUCUUCCUCCUACCUCUUACCUGCCGAACACCUAGACAGCAUCAAUGGACUGUUCAGCAGCGAUGAUGCAGGAAUAUCUCUUGCCUACAGGUGGGUACUAAAUGUAGGAUUCUUACCAGUGCAAGCAUCAUGAGUCAGUGCUUUUGGGAAGCUGCUGAGGUCCCAGUUCACCAAGAGGGGCCACUCCUGACCCAACAUAACACAGCUGUAACAACUGGAUUGCGCCGUGUAGCAGUGCAAGGAUUAGGUUCCUAUUUCUCUGUGUAAUGGUGAAAGGAUUGGGUCCUCCUGGCAGCACAAGCAAACCUUGGGGGUCCACUCCGGCGUGGACUCCAUGCCACUUACAGCAGUGACUUCUUUUGAGUUUGAGUUGAGUUGAGUAGUUCAAAACAGCUUGUUUGUCUUCUGGAUGUGUGAGGUGAAAGCUGAAGAGUCCUGUGCCUUGAGAUAAGUUCUCACUGGAGGCAAAGUGCUGUGCACACCAUUUGGGGUGAAUUGUAGAGCACAAGGGGCAAAAUGGAGCAAUAGCUUCACAUGCCAGUUCUCAAACGGUGGAUCCAAUUUCACCCAGGAAUAUGUGACCAAGUUGCUGGCAAUAAACAUAGGAAACUGCCACAUAUAAUCCAUCUAGCUCAGCCUUGUCUACACAAUGACUGGCCGUGGCUCUCCAUGGUUUCAAACAGGGAAUCUUUCCCAGCCUUUUCUGGGGAUGCCAGGGAUUGGGACCAUCUGUAUGCGAAACAAGUGCUCUAUCACUGAGCAAUCACCCUUCCCAUGGAGCUAAGGAGCCUUCUGUCAGCAAGUAAAAUUGACAGAUGGGCCCUGGCUCCUGAGCAGACAAAACGGUUGUGAUGAUUUCCCUAGAAAAGAUUGCAGAAUUCUUACAAUUGUCAGGUUGCAUUCCACAGGAUUGGACUUGCCCCAAAGUUGCACCCCACAGAGUACAAUAGCUGGAAGACUGCUCCCAUCUUACCUAAUGGUCUAAUCCAAGGUUUAUUAGUGGACAGGGAAGCUCUGGUGGCAUUUCCUGCCUGCAAAAACCUUCUCCAUUUACAGGAAAGUAGUUCAUUUGAACAUCUUUAUGAAAAGGGCAGUCCACACAUGCAAGAACACUGUGCGUGUAUCUGGUCAAAUACAGCCCACGCACACAGCCCAAGGAAGUCAAUAGGAAAACUUGACUCAGUAUAAAUGCAUGGAGAUUUUGCUCAUGUCUUGCCCUUCCAGGUGCUCAAAUACGAAUGAAUUAUCGAGAAAUUCUGAAAACCUGGUCAUAGCAUUUGCGAGAUCACACCAUUUGUAUUUUGAGUUACCUGAUUACAGUGCUUGGUUUGCCCAUUGGAUGUUGUUCUCAGUCACUCAUUAACCAGUUUCCUAAUCCUUCCAAAAUCUUACAAGAACUUUGCAGCUGAGGAUUGCUAGGAUUGCUCCCUGUGUUAUUUCCUGAUCUAUAGGUGCCCUCCAUUAGGCAAUGAUGUACUAAUAGGGACCUCAAUGAAGCUACAUAUUGUGUUAUUUUCUUCUUCUACUGCUUAGACAGAGUUGUCUGUCUGAUUUACAUUGAAAUAUAUGUCAACAGUGUCUUCAGUGGAAAUUAAAAGACUGCAUAAA